GCGACGAAGGCCUCCCCCCGGCCACCCCCCCGCGCAGAUCUCCAUCCUCGCCGAAGCGCCUCCGCUGCUGCAGGCCUGCCCUCCCCACACGGCCCCGAAGAGGAUGUAGCUCUCUGGCCUCUCCUUCCAGCCCCCCACAGGGCCCGGUGGCGCUCUCCCCAUGUCCGGCACGCUGAGCAAGCGGAUCGACUUGGCCAACGACAACAGCCGCCUGGGGAUGAGCCUGGCCUUGGCGGUGCCCGCGGGAGAGGGCCUGCCCCACAAGGGGCCCCACAGCUGCCCCUGCUCCGAGCUGCACGGCGUCCUGGGCCUGCCGCCCUCAGCCGAGGAGCCCCCCAACACCAAGUGGGCGAAGGACGGGCACAACCAGCUGCGCCAGGCGGCCGAACGCGACCAGAACCGCAAUGAGCUGAGCCUUCCCAGCAAGCAGCUCAGCACCCUGCUCAUCCCCCUGCCUGGCGAGGAAGAGAAAGAUGGAGAAGACGAGGAGGAGGAAGACGAAGACGAAGAGGAUGAAGAAGAAGAGGAGGAGGAGGAAGAGGAGGAGGACUCCACCCCUGUCCAGAGCGAGCCGGUCACGGAGUCCGAGCAGAGCUCCGAGCGGGCGCUGCCCCGUGGAGAACAGCCUCGCAGCGCCAGCCUGCUCUUCGGGAUGCGCAACAGCGCAGCGGCCAGCGACGAGGACUCCAGCUGGGCCACGCUCAGCCCCAUGGGCAGCCCCACGGGCAGCUCCCCAGAUGAAGCGGACUCUUUCUGGCUGUGCAAUUCUCUGGAGACGGACUCUGACCUUCCGUCCGGAUGGAUGCGGGUGCAAGACACGUCCGGCACCUACUACUGGCACAUUCCGACGGGCACCACCCAGUGGGAGCCCCCUGUGGGGAGCGGGGGCAGCGACUCUUCGGGAAACACCCCCUCCAGGGAAACGCAGCUGACCUGGAUGGACUUCGGUCAGGCUGAUCACUCGGAUGACCUCCAUUGCUGGAAGGAUGCCCUGUCGGAAGAGGGGACGCCUGAGCUCCAGGGGCCCCAGAGCCAGCCCCAAGAAUGUUUGGGAUCUCUGAGCACCAGCUCUUCCUUGGGGGAGGACGGUGACGCCGCUGCCUCGUCCCUCGGCCUCAGCGAAGGCUCCAAGUGCUUCUCCGUCCGCUCCCUGGGCUGGGUGGAGAUGUCCGAGGAGGAGCUGACCCUGGGCCGGAGCAGCGUGGCCGUCAACAACUGCAUCCGGCAGCUCUCCGCUCAGAACCCGGACCCGACCAGCCCCUGGGCCAAGGGCAAAGCGAUGCUGCUGGUGCUGGAGAAGGAGACGCUGAAGUUGCUCGACCAGGAGGGGCAGAACGUCCUGCACAGCCAACCCGUCUGCGACAUUCGCGUCUGGGGCGUCGGGCGGGACAGCGGGAGGGAGAGGGAUUUUGCGUACGUCGCGCGGGACCAGCUGGCCCAGAUGCUGAAGUGCCACGUCUUCCACUGCAACGCCCCCGCCAAGAACAUCGCCACCGGGCUGCAUGAGAUCUGCUCCAAGAUCAUGAGCGAGCGCCAGAGUCGCCGAGCCCUGCCCAACCGGCCGUCGCUGGAUCACUCGAAGAUGGUGGAGAUCCCUUUCCAAGUGGAGUUUCCGGCCCCCAAAAGCGAGCUGGUGCAGAAGUUCCAGGCCUUCUACUUGGGCAGCGUUCCGGUGGCCAAACCUGUGGGCAUGGACGUCAUCAAGGCCGCCCUGGAGGAGGCGCUGGCCACCGGCCGCAGAGAAGAGUGGGCACCGAGCCAGGUCAAUGUGGCCCCCGCCACCCUCACCCUCCUGCACCAGCAGACAGAGACAGUGCUGUGCGAGUGCCGAGUGCGAUUCCUCUCCUUCAUGGGCAUUGGGAAAGACGUCCGGUCGUUUGCGUUCAUCAUGGCUGCUGCUCCCGGCAACUUCCUCUGCCACAUGGUGUGGUGCGAGCCCAACGCCGCUGGCCUGAGUGAAGCCGUCCAGGCAGCCUGCAUGCUCCGGUACCAGAAGUGCUUGGACGCGCGGCCCCAGAGCACCAGCUCCUGCCUCCCCGCCCCCCCUGCGGACUCCUUGGCUCGGCGCGUGGGAUCCACGGUCCAGAAAGGCGUCCAGACCCUGCUGGGGACCCUGAAGCCCAAGCGCCAGGGGGCCCAGACCCCGUGAACAGCCUGCGGGGGAACGGGUGCCCCCCUGCCCCGUACCGGCUCCCCGGCUGCAGCUGGAUCGGCCUGGCAGCUGCCCCCCCACCUCCCCGUGUCCUCUUUGUGUGGAUGUGUGUAUUUAUGAGGUAUGAAUGUGUCUGCGCAAGUGAGAAAUGUUCAUGUUCCCCACUGUAAACUACUGCCCUGCCCAGCCCAGCCCCCCAACAUCCAGGGCCUCUGUACCCCCCACCCCCCCGUCCACUCCCCACUGGGCCUCACCCCCACGCUUGCUGCCAGCCCCUGAAUUAAUGCGGAGGAAGAGACCCUCUUCUGUCCCAGGCUGCAUGGGGGUGGGGGUGCCGGUGUGGGUCUCACGCUGACUGGGGGCCCUGGGUGGGGGUCGGGGGUGGGGGGGGCAGUGCUGCCAUCUCUGCUAUAACAAGAGAUCUUGGUGUUGUACUAAAAUCAUUAAUAAACUCGGUCCUCUCGGUCUGAAACGA